AUGGAGUCCUCGCCUCUGAUCAAGGCCGGCGACCACGCAAAGGCUGCCGCAAAGGCCACCCACGCCUCCGAGACGACCGUUGCGAUCAACGAGCACACGCGCGCCGCCGGCGAGUUCGCCAAUGCUGCCAAGGACACCACCAGUGUCGAAGCCUUGCGCACUCUCAAGCUCCUAGAACAGCACCACCAGCGUCUCUCCGAGAUCCUCCAGAUCGACCUCAAGAAGCCCCCACAUGCAGCCACUGCGCAAGACGACACCGAACAUCGCGAUGACGAGAAGGGAGCUAGCCACCCGCACGCCAAGUCUUCCGGCGAGAAUGUUGGCAGCCUCUCCGAGAAGAACGCCCAGCCGAUGCCGACUCUACAUCGACCACCGCGGUAUCCUUCUCGCGACCUGGGUGCCUCGAUCGCCAGCAACCUUGCCUCUGCACGCGGCAUCCGGUCCAAGUACCGCAGCCAGCCUCUGAGUCCUAGCAUGACCAGCGCCGAAGCUCCUGGUAGUGUCGAGAGCGCACCGCGCAAGAGCGAGUCUCGGUCUAGGAUACAGAAUAUGCUUGAGCACGCGGACAAGCCCAGCCCUCAAAGCCCGCCUGGAAAACUCACACGGCAAACUUCCUCGGGCUCCGACAGUGGUGCGGUGCCUACGAGUCCGGCGAGAAACCAGUCGCCGCCGCAAGACGAGGGUUUCUCCAGGUUCUACAGUGCCUUCGGCACCAUCAUGAACCGCAUCUCCGCGCCUCUCGCUUUUGCAGGGCUUCCGCUCAUCAGCGAAGACCAGACAGAAGAGCCUGCCACGGCGGCACCACCGGCACCACCACCAGAGCCGACGAACCCUCGACGCACUCGGCUCAAGCCGUCUCCUUCUGUCGUGGCAGAGCCAGACAUCUCCAAGAUCUACUCCAAGGCGACCUUGCGGGCUAUUUCCCGCGACGGCCAGCUCGCCUCGGACUCGUUCUACGUCGUGCCGACCAGCGGCCACACCACUACGUACGCCAACAUUCUCAAGUUCGAAGACAAGGAGAAGCGCCGGAUGGAGGCGUCCCUACACAGCAACAUGAGUGAGCAGCUAGACGAUGAGGACUUUGUCGACGCCCGGGAAUCGCAAGCACCAGACUCGCCAGGCGGUCUUGUCCGGAAGCGUGCGACAGCGCCACUGCCGCCAGCAUCUUCGUCUUCGUCCGCAUCCGCAGCAGCUCGCCGGACCCGCGCGGAAAGAGACCUGAGCAACGUUGUCGAGGAGCUGCGCCUCGAGAACAAGAGCCUGAAGGACAUGCUCGACAAGCUCAGCAAACGGCUGCAUGCGUUCGAGUCCAUGUCGCAGAACUCGGGGAUGCGCCUGGCCGAGAGCAUGCGCCUCAUGCGGCCCGGAUCUCCGGGGAGUGGCGCCGGCAGCGGCACCAGCCAGGCCAAGGGGGCCGUUGCAGCCGACGAGGCCCAGCUGCGCAGGAAGAACCGCGAGCUCGAAGACCAGCUCGCGCUCGCGGCGGCACGCAUGGAGCAGCUCGAGAAGGACUACAACCAGGCCCGCGCGAACCUGGGCCGGUACAGGGAGCGCUGGGAGCAGCUCAAGGCCGGGGCCAAGGCGAGGCGUGGAGCUGCCAAUGCUGCCGCCGCCGCUGCUGGUGCGAAUGCUGCUGCUGCUGGUGCGGAUAGUGGGAGUGCUGGUUUCGAUGGGGGGUUUGAUGACGGCGGGGCCAUGUCGCCGAGUUUGGCCCUCUCGAGGGACCAUUGA